AUGGCGCGCGCGUUUCCACACAAGAUCCAGAACACCCAUUUUCCAGCAGUUGAUGGUGCCUCAGCCACGACACCUGAGAAAGUUGCACAGGUCUCUCCGUCGGAAGAGCCAGAUCCCAGCUUGAGCAAUGCGGAUGCAGGAGCUGUGAUCUUCCUUUUCCCUCCCAAAGAUAGGACGUCGUGGUCCCUGUCCCGGAUAUUCCUUUCGUGCAAGCUGUGGCUGCUUGAUAUGCUGAAACCUGCUCGGGAUAGCGGAGCAAACAACGAGGUGGGUCGGCCUCUCUCCCCAUCGCAUAGUUCCAUGGCCUAA